AUCUUUUGUGGUGAAGAUAAAAAGAGACGAGCGGGAAAGCAAAAUGGCAUGAUAUUAAGCUCGUAGAAGAUAGAAUGUAGUUCAUUAAAAGGACAUGAAAUCUAGUCUGACAAGCCAAACUACCUAAGAAAUAUGGCAUUUAGUCUUGGAGUUGGAACAACACCGUUCGGUGCUACUGGUACCACAUCAACGCCCUCCUUUGGAUUCGGGACCUCCACACCAUCUACAGGAUUUGGGUUUGGAACACAGCCCACUACAACAACCUCUUCGGGAUUUUCAUUUGGUGGUUUUGGUACCCAAGCAAAAACAACAGCAGCCACAGGUUUUUCAUUUGGAGCACCUGCUGCCACUACAGCAUCAGGAUUUUCCUUUGGUGGUGCCCCAGCCUCCAGUGCCUCUACAGGGUUCUCAUUUGGUGGAGCACCUGCUUCAACUGCUACAACAGGAUUCUCAUUUGGAGGUGCAAAUACUGGCACAUCAGCAUUUGCAGGAGGUUCAGCUUUUCCAAGUUUUGGAACAGGCCUUGGAGGAACAAGCACUUCCACGUCUGCAUUUGGUUUUGGUGGGGCCCAACAGACAAAUCCCCUUCAAGCCCAGCAGCCACAGCAGGCUACAUCCAACUUGGAGAACAUUGCAUCGGCUGUGACUCUGCCACAGAUAUAUGGAGAUGAAAGGGAUGCCAUAAUAGCCAAAUGGAAUCAGCUACAGGCUGCAUGGGGCACAGGGAAAGGAAUAUACAAUCCACGAGGAAGUGUUGAAUUCACUCCAGAUAAUCCCUACUGUAGAUUCAAAGCUGUGGGGUAUAAUCGCCUGCCAAAGACAAAGAAUGAAGAUGGGUUGGUUUCUCUGUUCAUAAAGAAACCUGAAGCAGAGGUGAGAGCUAACCAACAGCAGAUUGUGGACACGCUCUUUGUGAUUUUUGGAAGCAAGCCUCAACUCUCUGUGUGUGUGGAAGGCAUUAAGAAGCUCCCAGAUAACCUGACAGAAUUUGUGAUUUACAUCCUUGAAAGACCUGCUUCAGGACCUGCAAGAAGAAUUCCUUCAAACGAGACCACUAACUUCCUUAAUGGACAACUGAUUCAGCUGAAGAGUAAGCUGGUGGUGGAGAACAUUGUCCCCAAGAUGGGCUUUACGGAGCAGGCACUAAAAGAGUACCUGGACACCCCACAAGAAGGUAUUCAUCCCUUUUUGUGGGAACAAGCCAAGUUAGACAACCCUGAUCCAGACAGCUUGGUCCCUGUUCCAAUGAUUGGGUUUAAGGCCCUGCACCAGCGACUGAAGCAUCAAGAGCAGCAGACCCAGGCUCAUCAGCAACGCCUCGAUUUGAUUGCUGAGGAUUUAGAGUCACUUCAACAGAAGCAGGUGAACAUGUUGGCAAAGUUAGAGGAGUACAAAAGGAAGCACAUACAGCUCAGCCACAGACUCUUACAGGUUGUUGUGAAACAAGAGAUUUCUAGAAAAAUGGGAUAUUCCAUUCAAGCAGAAGAAGAACAACUUCGAGUGCAGUUGGAAAAAAUUCAACUCGAACUCAACCACCCAACACAGUUUAAGGGGCGGUUAAAUGAGCUGAUGUCCCAGAUCCGCAUGCAGAAUCAUUUGGCGGGAACGAGAGCAGACGUCAGCUACCAGAUGGAUCCAAGCCUGCAGCAGGAAAUCAAACAUCUCUUGAAACAACAACAAGAAGGACUUACGCACUUAGUGAAUAUCAUUAAAGAAGAUGCACAGGACAUCCAGUUAAUGGAGAUGAACCUUGAGGCGUCCCCAUUCAGUCAGCGGUGACAGAGCCAGGGUCUCUCAACUUCAUGUACAAUGUACAUUUGUAUUAUCAUUUGUUCCUAUAGACACUUUACAUGGCUACAAUUCCUGUGUAUUUGACAGGAUUUGCCAUAUUUUCAUCUCAAUGAUGUAUUGACAUUCAAGCCUUUUUAGACUUAUUAUAGAGUGUGUGUAUGUCAUCAUAUACUGCAAAUACCUGUUGUCAGAUGUUAUGAAAUACUUUAAAACAUUCAAAAUAAAAUUUACAGCAAAUUUCA